UAUUCGCGCAUAUAACAAUGAGUUGGCAGCCCAUUAAAUCUCUAGCAAUAUUUUGCACCUGUGCAAUGUAUUUUUAUGUGUUUUUACCAACAAUAAAUUAGCGCUAGUUAUGUAUGCAAAAUGUUAUUUGUUCUGGUAGCGAUUGCCAUUCUGAGCAAAUGCACAGCCACGUCCACAAUCCACAUGCCAGUCACCACGCAGGACAUAAUUGCAGGUGACGUGUUCUUCGAAAUCAUUUCGCCGCAAGAUCUGGAAUACACCUACCGUCUGCGGCCGGCCAAGGACUUUGGUGUCUCAUUCAACCAAAAACUGGAAGGUGUGCCCAUGGUACUUGCCGAUCCACCCGAAGCCUGUCAACAACUUCGCAAUGGUAGAGAGAUGCAUGGCAGCAUUGCCCUUAUGGACAGAGGAGAGUGCUCAUUUCUUACCAAAACACUGCAUGCCGAGGCCGCCGGCGCCAUUGGCGCUAUUAUCACUGAAUACAAUUCAAAAUCACCAGAAUUCGAACUCUACAUUGAGAUGAUUCACGAUAAGACGAACCGUGACGCCCAAAUUCCCGCUGGCUUUUUGCUAGGAAAGAAUGGCAUGAUCAUACGCAGCACGCUGCUUCGGCUGAAGCGUCUCCAUGCGCUGAUCAACAUACCUGUCAACUUGACCUUUACCCCGCCAUCUAAAAUCAAUCAUCCACCCUGGCUGGGCUGGUGAACCUGAAAUGAAGGCAGCUACCAGAAAUUAAAACCAAAACUAAAACAAAAAACAAAUCUGAAACCAAAGUGCAUACUUAGUCAGUCAACAAUAUAGUAUAUACAUAAAUCUAUUUAGCUCGGCUGCAAAUCGCUAGAAUUUAUUCUGAACACAAUUCAAACCUUUGCUCUAGAAUUUUAACCACAGUAUUUCAAGCAUGGCUCUAAUAUUGCAAUAUUUAUCUAGUGGGGACUACAGAAAACACUGAUAAACUUGUAGUUGUAAUUUAUAUUGUACCACAAUUGACUUACAAACCAUUAAAUUCUUUCUAAGCUCGAAAAUCAGGCAUUUCAGGAUUUAUUUUAAUUUUA